AUGGAGGGCAACAAGCCGGGUGCCUCGCCCGGCAGCCGGGACGAGAGCAGUCCCAGCACCAAUGCCUGCUCCCAGGCAAAGACGGGUGCGGAGAAGGUGCUGAGCAGCCCGAGCGCCGGUGGGAGCCUUAAGGAGCAUGGCAAUUCGGUGUGUUUCAAAGUGGAGGGCAACGGCGGCGCUGAGGAACCGAUGGGGGACUUCGACAGUGCCGACGGCGCGCGGCGCCAGUACGGCUUCAUGCAGCGGCAGUUCACUUCCUUGCUGCAGCCCGGGGUCAACAAAUUCUCCCUCCGCAUGUUCGGCAGCCAGAAAGCAGUGGAAAAGGAACAGGAAAGGGUUAAAACUGCAGGAUUCUGGAUCAUCCAUCCGUACAGCGACUUCAGGUUUUACUGGGACUUAAUCAUGCUUAUCAUGAUGGUUGGAAAUCUUGUAAUAAUACCUGUUGGUAUCACAUUCUUCACAGAACAGACAACCACACCAUGGAUUAUUUUCAACGUAGCAUCGGAUACUGUGUUUCUGCUGGACUUGAUUAUGAACUUUAGAACUGGCACGGUUAAUGAGGAUAGCUCUGAAAUAAUACUAGACCCCAAAGUAAUCAAGAUGAAUUAUUUAAAGAGCUGGUUUGUGGUUGACUUCAUCUCAUCCAUACCAGUGGAUUAUAUCUUUCUUAUUGUAGAGAAAGGAAUGGAUUCAGAAGUCUAUAAGACAGCUAGAGCACUUCGCAUUGUGAGGUUCACAAAAAUCCUGAGUCUGCUACGUUUGCUACGACUUUCAAGAUUAAUAAGAUAUAUCCAUCAGUGGGAAGAGAUUUUCCACAUGACCUACGAUCUAGCCAGUGCUGUGGUGAGAAUCUUCAAUCUCAUUGGAAUGAUGUUGCUUCUUUGCCAUUGGGAUGGUUGCCUUCAGUUCUUGGUCCCAUUGCUUCAAGAUUUCCCAGAAGAUUGCUGGGUGUCCCUAAAUGGUAUGGUUAAUAAUUCCUGGGGGAAGCAGUAUUCCUAUGCACUCUUCAAAGCUAUGAGCCAUAUGCUUUGCAUUGGGUAUGGAGCCAGAGCCCCUGUGAGCAUGUCAGAUCUCUGGAUAACCAUGCUGAGCAUGAUUGUGGGGGCCACCUGUUAUGCCAUGUUCGUUGGGCAUGCCACAGCCCUGAUUCAGUCUUUGGAUUCAUCCCGACGUCAGUAUCAAGAGAAGUACAAACAAGUUGAACAGUACAUGUCCUUUCACAAGCUACCUGCAGAUAUGCGUCAAAAAAUCCAUGAUUAUUAUGAACACCGUUACCAAGGCAAGAUCUUUGAUGAAGACAGCAUUCUUAAUGAACUCAAUGACCCUCUUCGGGAGGAGAUUGUCAACUUUAACUGUCGUAAACUUGUUGCCACCAUGCCUCUGUUCGCCAAUGCUGACCCAAAUUUUGUAACAGCCAUGCUGAGCAAGUUGCGGUUUGAAGUGUUUCAACCUGGAGAUUACAUUAUCCGAGAAGGGGCUGUGGGGAAAAAGAUGUAUUUCAUUCAACAUGGGGUUGCUGGUGUUAUCACUAAAUCCAGUAAAGAGAUGAAGUUGACUGAUGGCUCCUAUUUUGGAGAGAUCUGCCUUUUGACUAAGGGCCGUCGCACUGCUAGCGUGAGAGCAGACACAUAUUGCCGCCUAUAUUCUCUCUCUGUGGACAACUUCAAUGAAGUUUUGGAAGAAUAUCCAAUGAUGAGACGAGCAUUUGAAACAGUGGCCAUUGACAGAUUAGACAGGAUAGGAAAGAAGAAUUCACUUCUACUCCAGAAAUUCCAAAAAGAUCUCAAUACUGGUGUUUUCAACAAUCAGGAGAGUGAAAUUUUGAAACAGAUAGUGAAGUAUGACCGAGAGAUGGUACAGACUGUUGGGCCAACAAAUUUUUCACAAACACCUGCUUUGAAUUCAAGCCCUUCAACUACCACUUCAUCAAUGCAAAUGAGGACACAGACAACACCUGUCUAUGCUAUGACCAACCUCUCCCAUGGGAGCUUGAAUUCAUCAACACCGAGCACACAGACACCUCAACAGGGUGUAGUUUUCUCACCAUGCUCCUACCCUUCUGCGAUCUGUAGUCCAUCAGUACAGAGUCCUUUAGCUGGCCGAACUUUUCAGUAUGCAACGCCUACUACUUCACAGUUGUCACUGCUACAGCAGCAGCAGCUGCUGCAACAACCACAGCAGCUGCAACAACCACAGCAGCUGCAGCAAAUGCCCAGUGGGUCACAGGAGAGUGAUAUCCAUAAGAGUACACAAACUCUUCACAAUGCUAGCCUGACAAGAGAAGUACGGCCCCUGUCAGCCUCACAGCCUUCUUUGCCCCAUGAGGUUUCUACUAUAAUUACCAGACCACAUCCAACAGUGGGAGAAUCUUUAGCUUCCAUUCCACAGCCAGUGUCUGCUCUUCAAAGCACAGGAAUCCAGGGUGGGAGCAAAGGCACAGUCCCCCAGAGAGUGUCCCUCUUCCGACAGAUGUCUUCAGGAGCAAUUCCACCAACACGAGGACCAAUGCCAUCCACAGCUGGGCUACAAAGAGAUACUUCCACAGUCUUAAACACUGAACUAGAGGGAGAUAAACCACGGUUUGCUUCAAACUUGUGAUUCAUGUAGACUGAAUAAAGAAAAAGCAUUGAAACAGACUGAAAUUAUUCGAGGACACCUGUUAGAACUUAAUUUUGCAUAGUUUCCAGCUGUCUACAAUAAAAAAAGAAAAUUGUAGACAAACUUAACCCACAAAAUUGAAUGUACAUUGUAAAGGCAGACAGAAGGAAAAGAUAGAGAGAAAUCCAAAUGGUGUCUCUUGUCUUUGUUUCUUAUAAACAAUUCAGAGUCUAAAAACAGUUGUAAUAUUUAUUUUUAACUUAGUUAAAAAUAUAAAGUUUCCUGAUUUGAAUCUAUAUUUUUUAAGAAAUGACAGUAUUAUGAAUUCCAGGAGCUAAGCCAGAAAAUAAGAACAGCUUGCAUAGAAUACAUGCUAGCUUGGAAUAGCGCCUCUAAAACAGUGCUUUUUAACCUUUCUUAGUCAACUAUAAUUGAAACAUAAUUCCUAUUUUAGAGGUCCAGGUUAUUUUUUUUGGUGCUUUUAUGUUAAGGCUUAGAUUGGAGGGUCAAUGAAAUUUUUACUAUCUACAAAAACUAGUAAGAACAGUAAAUAGUGAAGACUCACUCAUCUUGUUGUAAAUAACUUUUUAGACCCAAGUAAUAAUAACAAAAAAAAAGCUCCUGUGUGAUGUAUCAUUGCAAAGUAUUUAUUUAGAAAUUUAGUUUCAGCUACUCAUGCCAAAAUGUAAACAUUUAAAAAUUUUUACAAGAUAUAAAAUACAAUAUAAUUGUAAUGCAAUAGCUUGCAUUCUAAAAUGCUACUUUUACAUGCAGUGUUUUUAUGCAGAUUUGUAUGUUUGAUCCUGCUAUAUGUAUUUCAGCAACGCUAUUAUCUUUUUCUUCUUUGUCCUGGACACUGUAAGAAAUAUUCCAUGCAUGCUCAGACAUAAUAGAUGGGGAAAGCGGGGGAUAGAACACUAACCAAAAGAUGAACCAGAAAUAUCUUGUGUCCUCAAUGCAACUAAAAGAUUCAGUCAGCAAUAUUAGAAGAAGUGGAGAAAAGGAAUAUUGAUAAAUGUGAAUGUAUGGUUUUCACAAUUCAUUUCCUAUUAUGCUGAUUUUGAAUCUAGAGUUAAAGUUUAGAAGUAUUUUAUUUCAAUUGAUUGAAUUAAUUGUUUUAACAAUGCUUCAAUUAGUCUUUCAUAUGUGUUCUGUGUCCUCACUGUAAUUCUAUAGUUGAUUGUAGCAAUCUUUUUUUUAAAAGAAGUAUAUUAUAGCAUCCUGUUUGUUAGGAAAACACACAUUCCAGUGUAUAAUGUGAUAAUUUGGACAACAACAUACUCUAUUACACCAUAUAGCAUUGAACACAGAAAU